UGGGGGUGGCACUGACAUUGUUCGGAAUGCUCGCUUCCCAGCGUCUUGUACCUGCUCACUAGUAUUCGCAUCCAUGCUCGCGACGAUUCCGCCUUCGGUGCUCUCGACUCCCACUUCGCCUGUGACUAUGGCGGCGUCUUCGAGUAAGGCCGAGUCCCAGCCGCGCCUGUUCCACUCGGUGAACCAGUACCUGUUGCCCUGCGAUGAUGAGGAGGGAGAGCGUUUGCAGCUCCAACAUCAGGUUAUCAAGCGCCUCUACGAAGGCCGCCUCGUCCUCGCACCCAUCGACCUAACCCAACCGCUCUUCAUCCUCGACUGUGGCACUGGCGCCGGCGUCUGGCUCCUCGAUGUCGCCCGCGCCGCGCACCCCAGCUCCGUCCUCCACGGCAUCGACAUCUCCCCGCGCCUCUUCCCCCUCGCCUCCCGCCCCGGCAACGUCUCACUCGCCGUCACCUCCGUCACCGCCCUCCCCGCCGCCUGGACCGGCCGCUUCGACCUCGUGCACCAGCGCCUGCUCUACCUCGCGCUCCAGCGCACGCAGUGGGAGGCCGCCAUCGCGGGCAUCUUCCGCGUGCUCCGGCCGGGCGGGUGGGUGCAGCUGGGCGAGGCGGGCCGCUGGCGCGCGGGGCCGGCGGCGGAGAGGCUGUCGGGCUUGAUUGGGAGGUUGCUGGCGUCGCAUGGGCUGGCGUGGGAUGUGGACGUGCUGCCGCGGUUGUUGGAGGAGGCGGGAUUCGUGGAUAUCACGAUUGAGGAGAGGGAUACGCCGAUGGCGGGGGAGGAGGGCAGGGAUGCGCGCGUCAACUUGAUGAACGUGUUCCGGUCGAUGAAGACGCCGUUCAUGCAGACGGAGGGGUUGGUGGGUCAGGGUCCGGGACCGAGGUCGAGCACGUCGGGAUCGGUGCGCUCGGAGGCGGAGCUCGACGCACUGUUCGACGCGGCGGAGAAGGAAUACGAGGUGACAAAGAACUCGAGCGCGAUGUUCUACAUGAUUUAUGCGCGCAAGCCCGAGAACUGAUCUGCGCAUACUGGCCAUACCCUGACCGUGUCCCUUGUCCACCCCUAUUCUUGCCUCGACGAUUGAUCCAUAGUUCAUUGUUCGAUACAUAUUUACUGACAUCCCUGCCGAUAAAAAUGUAGAUUAGUGUACAUAUCCUUCACAGAUAGUUCGGACUCACAUACUUAUCAACCUAUAUAUUUGUUAGUAUUCCUGCCCCAUGUCUCCUGGCCCCCUGUCCAUCAAGCCUUCCCUCAUUUUC